AUGGACAACCAGACAUUCAGAUACAGCGUACUCUUAGUGGAAGGACUGAAUAUUACAACUCAAUCCAGCUAUCUCGCAUUUGUCGUCCUUUUGAUGGCUUACAUAUUUAUAAUGGUAUCUAACCUUUGGAUUUUGAUUCAGAUCUCAGCAGAAAAAGGCUUACACCAGCCCAUGUACAUUAUUUACUGGAACUUGCCACUCAAAGAUGUUAUAGGAACAACUGUUAUUGUGCCACGUUUGUUGAGGGAUCUUGUAACAAACCCCUCUGAACGCUACAUCACAUAUGUGGAGUGUGUUUUUCAAGCUUUUUUUAUACAUAUGAAUGGAACAACAUGCCACACUAUUCUAAUGAUCAGCCUCAGUGUGCGUCUGUCUCACUGCAGAUCUGUGAUUCAAAACCACAUUUGCGAUAACGCUUCACUAUUUAAACUCUCUUGUGAAAAUACAGUGAUUAAUAAUGUAUAUGGAUUAACUUUUACUGUAGUUUUACUAGUCUCUUCAAUGGGAAGUGUUGUAUUAACUUAUCUCAGAAUUGCAAUUGUAUGCUUCACCAGCAAGAACAAAGCAACAAACAAAAAAGCCAUAAAAACAUGCUGCACUCACUUGACUCUUUACUCAGUUAUGUUAGUCUCUGGAUUUGUUGCAAUUUUUCUCCACCGUGUUUCUGAAUACUCUGACAAUAGAAGAAUAGCAAGUAUAGUUUUCAGUAUUGUGCCACCAGGAUUGAAUCCCAUAAUAUAUGGUUUACAAGUCAAGGAAAUAAGACAGAAUUUGUUCAAGUUUUUAAAAAAUAAAGUUAAUUCUAUGUGA